AUGUAUAUACAAUUAUAUGCAAUACCAGGGCAAAUAAUUUUGGGAAUGUUUGCUUAAUUCAUCUAUGAAUAAGGAGUGCUCUAUUUCUUAUGCAUUAUGGCAGUCAUAAGCAGUCUUUAUGCAUGUAUGUAUACCAGUAGCGACCAAUUAUUUCCUAAAAGCUUAUGGAUGAUCAUUCCAUUUUAAGUGGUAUUGACCAUUUUGAAUUUUGAUAUGGUGAGUGUGGGAAUCAUCCCCUAUUUAAUUCUAACAGAUUUAAUCAAUAGCGAUAUUAUCAAACGAUUACCGAAAAAGCCAAUUCCUCCUCCAAGAAGUUCAUAUAAUGCAUAGAUCGACAAUCAUCAUAGCAUUCACAUUUAAAAUGUUAUCAAAUAAAAUGCGCAGAGCCUUAAAAAAUAUGAAUAUUUUCAUAUUGGCUGUAUAACUUUGUGUUAUAUAGCAAUACCAAAAUACAAUUACACUGCAUAAUUGUUAAAUACUGCUUUCUUAUAAUAUUAUUAUAAAUCAGAUUAUAAUACAACUCUGUUCAAAAUAGUCAUCUCAUCAAUCAAAUUUAUGUUAUGCUUAUUGAAUUUCGAUAUUAGAGCAAUGUUGACUGUAGCAAUAUUACCGAAUUUCAUAAAUGAACAAAAGAUCUAUUCUUAUAGUUUUUUGGCUGAAUAGUUCAUCAUCACUUACCUUGAUUACGAGUAUGGAAUCUAUCAUAAUUUAAUAAUAUUUUUAAGCUUUUACAUUUUUGAUUCAUAAAACCAUAACACAAAAUAAUUAACAUUGUUGUAUAUUCCAUUAUUGAUAUAUGCAUUUGAAGCCCAAACAGAAAUUUACAUUUAUACAUAUAUUGUUAUUAGUUUAGUAUAUUUAGCAUUACUUAUAAUUGAAUAGGAGUAACAAGUCACAUAUUUAAGAUAUAUAUUAGUGGUUGUUGGACUAUUUAUAACAUAGAAGUGGUAUAAAGAUUAAAUAAUUAGGUAUUACAAAUUGUUAUUAAUGCUAUUCUUAUUCGAUACUGAAAUGAAUUUCAACAUUAAACUUUAUGUCUAAGCAUUUGCAGGGAAAUAAAUAUUUGACUUGCUUAUAUCAUACUCACCUUUGCUUUUGCACUAGUUAUUUCAAUAUAAAUACAAUCUAGAAAAUUUCAAUAUUACAGUAUGUCUAUUAAGUAUAGUUACAUUGUUUAUUACUUAACACAUCCAUUAGUAGAAUUUAAUAUUCUCUCGUCUUUUGUAGAUAUAUGUAAAAAAUUAAUAAAUAAUCAAGCUUCUUUCUUUACCCAUAUGGCCAGUAUUGUUAUAUUAUGAUAGAUCAACAGAUAGCCUAGUUGUUGCAUUUAUAAAUGUUAUUUAAAUAAUAGCAUAAUUUUAUAAGUAAGAAUGA